GCAGGCCGACAGUUCCAGCCGCAACCGGCAGGUCCGGGCCGCCUCCCGCUGGAGCCCGGCGCCGGUGGAGUCCGGGCCGAUGGGCAGCCCCGGGAGGCGAGGCGGCGGCUCGGGUUCGCGCCGCCGCGCGCUCGCGGGUUGUAGCAGGUCCGGGAGGACUCUGCGUCUCUGAGGCUUUUGUUCCUGGCUGUGCAAGCAGACGUCUGCUGUGCUGAUGCUAGGUGAAGUAAAGGUGGAUGACCAGAGGUCUUAAGGAAUGCUCUUGAAAAGGUCAGAGUUUACAAACUUAUAACAACUGAGAAGCAAAUUGGCUUUGAAGAAAUCACACUCAGACAAUGUUGUUUGCUUUUGGUUGAAGAGAGAAAGUCCAACUACAGAAGAAGUCUUUAUCUCUGCAUUUAAAAUAGCAUUGUAAAUAACAAUGUAAUUACAUUUAUAUCAGUCUUCUUGUGCAACGUGGAGCUUCUUGCCUGGAUAGACAUGAGUGACCCAAGGCAGUCACAGGAAGAAAAGCACAAACUUGGCAGAGCCUCAACAAAGUUCAAGGACUCUCCCAGAAUCAUGCAAUCUGAUGAUUACUUUGCUCGAAAAUUUAAAGCCAUGAAUGGCAACAUGGGACCCCCUACUUCUUUAAAUGCCUCAAAUUCCAGUGAGAGUGGAGGUCCAGCUAAUGGUACCCCAGCAGUGCCCAAGAUGGGUGUGAGAGCUAGAGUGUCCGAGUGGCCUCCCAAAAAGGACUGCUCCAAGGAGCUAAGCUGCAAGGCACUGUGGGAAAGCCGGUCUCAGACCAGCUAUGAAAGUGUCACCUCCAUCAUGCACAAUGGGCAGAAUGACCAGAACAAUGGGCAGCAGGAGGAGCCACUGGACCUGGACUUUGUGGAGGCCAAGUACACAAUUGGAGACAUCUUUGUUCAUUCGCCUCAAAGAGGACUUCACCCCAUAAGACAGCGAAGCAAUAGUGAUGUCACCAUCAGCGACAUUGAUGCUGAAGAUGUCUUAGACCAAAAUGCAGUGAACCCCAAUACUGGGGCUGCUCUGCACAGGGAGUAUGGGAGCACGUCUUCCAUAGACCGGCAAGGCUUAUCUGGUGAAAACUUCUUUGCUAUGCUCAGAGGAUACCGUGUCGAGAACUAUGACCACAAAACAAUGGCCCCAUUUGGGUUCCCCGAGUUUUUCCCCUGUGAUCCUGCAAUCUCUCCCAGCCUUCAUGCGGCAGCACAAAUUUCUAGAGGAGAAUUUGUCCGCUUCUCAGGAUUAGACUAUGUGGACAGUGCCCUCCUGAUGGGAAGAGACAGGGACAAGCCUUUCAAACGGAGGUUUAAGUCAGAGUCAGUGGAAACCUCCCUCUUCCGAAAGCUGCGAACGGUUAAAAGCGAACAUGAAACUUUCAAGUUCACAUCUGAUCUAGAAGAAGGUCGUCUUGAGAGGGGCAUUCGCCCUUGGAAUUGUCAGCGUUGUUUUGCACAUUACGAUGUCCAGAGUAUUUUGUUUAACAUCAAUGAAGCUAUGGCUACCCGGGCUAAUGUGGGGAAAAGGAAGAACAUAACCACAGGAGCUUCGGCUGCCUCCCAGACACAGAUGCCAACGGGCCAGGCAGGCACCUGUGAGUCCCCAUUGGGGAGCAAGGAGGAUCUUAACUCCAAAGAGAACCUGGAUGCUGAUGAGGGUGAUGGGAAAAGUAAUGACCUUGUCCUGAGUUGCCCCUAUUUUCGAAAUGAGACCGGUGGGGAAGGUGACAGAAGAAUUGCUCUCUCCAGGGCCAACUCCUCAUCUUUCAGUUCUGGGGAAAGUUGCUCUUUUGAAUCAUCUCUUAGCUCUCACUGCACAAAUGCAGGAGUCUCUGUCUUGGAAGUGCCCAGGGAAAACCAGCCCAUUCAUAGGGAGAAAGUGAAGCGCUAUAUCAUAGAGCACAUCGACCUGGGGGCCUACUAUUACCGCAAAUUCUUCUAUGGGAAAGAGCACCAGAACUACUUUGGAAUAGAUGAGAACCUGGGACCUGUGGCAAUCAGUAUCCGGCGAGAGAAGGUAGAAGACGCCAAGGAGAAAGAAGGGUCCCAGUUCAACUACCGGGUGGCUUUCAGGACAAGUGAGCUUACAACAUUAAGAGGAGCAAUUUUGGAAGAUGCUAUCCCCUCUACUGCCAGGCAUGGUACUGCCCGAGGACUGCCUCUCAAAGAAGUACUGGAAUACGUCAUUCCAGAGCUGAGUAUACAGUGCCUGAGACAGGCUUCGAAUUCAGCCAAGGUCUCAGAGCAGCUGCUCAAGCUUGAUGAACAAGGGCUGAGCUUUCAGCACAAGAUUGGGAUCCUUUAUUGCAAAGCAGGCCAGAGCACAGAGGAGGAGAUGUAUAACAAUGAGACGGCGGGACCAGCUUUUGAAGAAUUCCUUGAUCUGCUGGGCCAGAGAGUACGGCUCAAAGGAUUCAGUAAAUAUCGAGCUCAGCUAGAUAAUAAAACUGAUUCUACAGGAACUCACUCCCUCUACACCACGUACAAAGAUUAUGAACUCAUGUUCCAUGUGUCCACAAUGCUCCCCCACAUGCCCAAUAACAGACAGCAGCUUCUGCGGAAAAGGCAUAUAGGAAAUGACAUCGUGACCAUUGUCUUCCAAGAACCUGGAGCACUGCCUUUUACUCCAAAAAGCAUCCGGUCCCACUUUCAACAUGUCUUUGUCAUAGUCAAAGUGCAUAAUCCAUGUACCGAAAAUGUGUGUUAUAGUGUUGGUGUUUCUAGAUCAAAAGAUGUGCCACCCUUUGGUCCACCAAUUCCCAAAGGUGUAACUUUUCCCAAAUCAGCUGUAUUUCGGGACUUCCUUUUAGCUAAAGUUAUCAAUGCGGAGAAUGCAGCCCAUAAGUCAGAAAAGUUUCGAGCAAUGGCCACUCGAACAAGGCAAGAGUACUUGAAAGACUUAGCGGAAAACUUUGUCACGACAGCCACAGUAGAUACCUCUGUGAAAUUCAGCUUCAUUACACUGGGUGCAAAGAAGAAAGAGAAAAUCAAGCCGAGGAAGGAUGCCCACCUGUUCAGCGUCGGAGCAAUCAUGUGGCAUGUGAUAGCACGGGACUUUGGCCAGUCAGCUGACAUUGAAUGUCUUCUUGGAAUUUCCAAUGAAUUCAUAAUGUUGAUCGAAAAGGAUUCCAAGAAUGUUGUAUUUAACUGCUCCUGCAGAGAUGUCAUCGGGUGGACAUCUGGAUUAAUGAGCAUUAAAGUGUUUUACGAAAGAGGGGAAUGCAUCCUCCUGUCUUCAGUGGACAACUGUGCUGAAGACGUAAGGGAAAUUGUUCAGCGAUUAGGAAUAGUGACAAGAGGCUGCGAGACUGUGGAAAUGACCCUGAGGAGGAACGGGCUGGGCCAGCUUGGCUUCCACGUGAAUUUUGAAGGAAUUGUUGCAGAUGUGGAGCCCUUUGGCUUUGCCUGGAAGGCUGGCCUUCGCCAAGGGAGCCGCCUUGUGGAGAUCUGCAAAGUGGCAGUGGCUACUCUGACCCAUGAGCAGAUGAUCGACCUACUCCGCACUUCCGUGACUGUGAAGGUGGUCAUCAUCCAGCCGCACGAUGAUGGCUCACCCCGCAGAGGGUGUUCAGAGCUCUGCCGGAUCCCCAUGGUGGAAUACAAACUCGACAGCGAAGGCACCCCUUGUGAGUACAAAACCCCUUUCCGAAGGAACACCACGUGGCACCGGGUGCCCACCCCAGCCCUGCAGCCCCUGUCCAGGGCCUCCCCGGUGCCUGGCACACCCGACCGGCUUCAGUGCCAGCAGCUGCUUCAGCAGGCCCAGGCUGCCAUUCCUCGAAGCACCUCCUUCGACCGGAAGCUCCCUGAUGGCACAAGAAGUUCGCCCAGCAACCAGUCGUCCUCCAGUGACCCUGGACCCGGUGGGAGUGGACCCUGGAGACCGCAAGUGGGAUUUGAUGGGUGCCAGUCUCCCCUGCUGCUCGAGCACCAAGGCACAGGCCCUUUGGAAUGUGAAGGCACCAGGGAGCGGGAGGAUACCAUGGAAGGAAGCAGGCACCCAGAAACCAAAUGGCAUGGCCCACCUUCUAAAGUCCUGAGUUCCUAUAAAGAAAGAGCCUUACAGAAAGAUGGAAGUUGCAAAGAUUCUCCCAAUAAGCUUUCUCAUAUUGGAGAUAAAAGUUGCUCCAGUCACUCCAGCAGCAAUACGCUGUCCAGUAACACCUCCAGCAACAGCGAUGACAAGCACUUUGGGUCCGGGGACCUCAUGGACCCAGAAUUGCUGGGGCUGACCUACAUCAAAGGGGCCUCCACAGACAGCGGCAUCGACACAACCCCCUGCAUGCCAACCGCAGUCCUGGGCCCAGUGCAUCUGGCAGGCAGCAGGUCCAUGAUCCACAGUCGUGCAGAGCAGUGGGCCGAUGCUGCAGACAUCUCAGGGCCCGAAGACGAGCAAGCGAAGAUGUACACAGUGCACGGCUAUGCCCCAGCCAUCUCUGCCAGCAACACUGCCGACGGCAGCCUGGGCGACCUCAGUGAAAUCUCUUCUCAUUCCAGCGGUUCACACCAUUCAGGAAGCCCUUCGGCUCACUGUUCCAAAAAUAGUGGCUCUCUGGAUUCUUCCAAAGUCUACAUCGUGUCACACAACAGCAGUCAUCAGGUCCCCGGGUCUCUGUCCAAGCCCUACCACAGACAAGGGGCAGUAAACAAGUAUGUCAUUGGCUGGAAGAAGUCAGAAGGCAGCCCACCGCCUGAGGAGCCCGAAGUGACCGAGUGCCAGGGGCUGUAUGGUGAGAUGGAUCUCAUGUCCGCCGCUGCACAGCAUCAGACAGUGGUGGGAGAUGCUGUUUCAGAAACACAGCACGUUUUAUCAAAAGAAGACUUUCUGAAAUUGAUGCUUCCUGACAGCCCCUUAGCGGAGGAGGGGAGAAGGAAGUUUUCGUUCUACGGGAAUCUGUCCCCACGGAGGUCGCUGUACCGCACCCUCUCGGAUGAGAGCAUCUGCAGCAAUCGGAGGGGCUCCUCCUUUGGCAGUUCCCGAAGCUCCAUCCUCGACCAAGCACUGCCCAACGACAUUCUGUUCAGUACCACACCACCCUACCACAGCACGCUGCCCCCACGGACCCACCCUGCUCCCAGCAUGGGCAGCCUGAGAAAUCAGAGAGUGGCAUCCUUCUGCACCAUGACGGAUAUGCAACAUGGACAAGACUUGGAAGGGGCCCAGCAGCUGCCUUUAUGUGUAGAUCCAGGCAGUGGCAAAGACUUCAUGGAUACAACUGGGGAGCGGUCUCCUUCAACGCUGACUGGUAAAGUCAAUCAACUGGAAUUAAUCCUUCGACAACUGCAGACUGACCUGCGGAAGGAAAAGCAGGACAAGGCUGUGCUCCAAGCUGAGGUGCAGCACCUGCGACAAGACAACAUGCGGCUUCAAGAGGAGUCCCAGACAGCCACAGCUCAACUGCGCAAGUUCACUGAGUGGUUUUUCAACACCAUUGACAAAAAAUCUUAACCCAACUGUACCCCAUCACGGGACCUGGGGAAACACCCUGCGUCCCUUCAAAGUCACAAACAUGUGGUUUUAACUGUGCUUUCAGCCAAUCGUAAAUGUUCUUGCUCUGCCUCUCUGUCCAGCGCCAUCCACCCAGCAGGCCAGGCAGCCUCGGCCCAUCAUGUAGCCAUCGCGUGACAGCGGAGGGAAGGCCGUGCGAAGAUGAAUGUAACUCCCCGUGUCGAGAUGAAUGUAAACCCUGGUGUCAGCUCGGACCUUUUCUUUGUGACUCUACUAAAAUGGUGCUCUGGCAUGGGCUUACCUCAAGAGGGAAGAAGCUAGUUGGGUUUUAUUUCCUAUAUAUCAGGUGACCUGGUAGGGAUGUUAAAGCAAUUGACCAUAGUUUGGGCUUUAGAAAUGUAAAAUAAACAUGGAAACAGAUAAUCAGACAUAUACUUUAAUGUUAAAGGUGCUCUAUUUUUUUGGAUGUACAGUAGUUUUAUUUCCACAGCCACAUUAUCAUAGCAAUAAGAAAGAGGCCUAGGGAGUAGUUGGGAACGCCUUGUCUGGAAACAAAAGGAAGCACUGAUGUUUAACACUAGUUCGAAUGCAGUUAUCUUAGAGACUUAUUUAUUUGCAGGAACAAAAGGUGCCUGAAUAUUAACAGUGUUCUGAUUUAAAGACAAACAAAAAAGAUACAUAUGCCUUGUAAAUGGCGCACUAAGUAGUCACUUGAACUCUUAGUCCACUUUUGUAUAGUUAAUGCUCUGCUGAAAUAAGGACAUCUGCUUCCUCGCUAGCACCCUCCUGUCCGUGUGAGCCAGCAGAAUCACCUGUCCAAUGCCAAAUUUGUUUAUCUUUGUACAGAAGCUUUGAUGAAGUGUCUUGUAUUUAACACCCUUAUUUAAGCUUAUUUAACCUUAAGUUGUUAAUUUUAUAAACUUUGGUUUCACCUGCACGAGGAGGAGGAGGGAGUGUAGGUAGCAGCAAGCUCAGGCAAGACUGAGCUUGCCCAGAACAGACUGAGGACGAGCAGGGCCCGGAGACUAACAACUGGAUGCUGCUAGUAACAAGCUGUUUGUAUUGCUUUACCAUUUUUAACUGUUCUAUUUGAGAUGAACAUACAUUUUGCUUUUUUAAUAAAUGUUUCAAAGAGUCCACAGAAGUAAAAUGAUGUUGUCAGGUGAAUAGAUUGUGAUGUUCUGAUAUGUCAACUAUCUGGCUAUAUAGAGGUCACUCAGGAUCUUAAUCCUUAUUAAAGACUAUGGAACUGCCUUCUUACAGAAUUCCACAGUGAGUUAAAGAGCAACUAGUCUCUGUCGGCUGCUACAUGCAUCCUUUCAUUGAGUCCUAAUGGUUUCCUUGGUGGAGGGAGUUCCAUUUUGCAGCUCAGUAAAC